GUCACACCGACAGAGCUGUGUGUGUGUGUGAGUGUGUGAGUGUAAGUGUGCAGUCCGGUCAGAGCUCGUGUAAAGAGGACACACAAGCGGGACUAAAGAACCGAGCGGCUGGCUACAGUUCAGCUUAUCGUUUAUAUAUUUCUCUGAGAUAUGAGUCAGCGUGACAAAACAUUCACGCUUGCCAGCUAGUGCUGUGUGAUCCGGAGAGGGGAGAGGAAAGGGCAGCAUCGAACAUGGAGGUGUCUGAUGGCUUGUUGCUGCAGGUCAAUAAUGGCGAGCAGUGGUGUAACCGCUGGAAGCAUCCCAAUGAUGACUCGGACCGCAGCACCAGCCCCUCGGUCCUGCGCUGCGUGGCCAGCACGUGGAAGGAGGGCCUGCUGAACAGAAAGAGGCCCUUUGUGGGUCGCUGCUGUCACUCCUGUACACCACAGAGCUGGGAGAGGCUGUUCAACACCAGUAUUCCAUCUCUGGGACUGCGCAACGUCAUCUACAUUAAUGAAACCCACACCAGACAGCGGGGCUGGCUGGCGCGCAGGCUGAGCUAUGUGCUGUUUGUCAUGGAGAGAGACGUCAACAAGGACAUGUUCACCAGGAACGUAGUGGACAACGUGCUCAACAACAGCCGGGUGGAGAGUUCUAUUGUGAAGGUGGCCACAGAUUUGGAUGGUGCGGUCAGCCAGCCUGGUCAGGAGCAGAAAGCCGUCAGUAAAGUGAAGCAGAAAGCCAGAGCCUUCCUCCAGGAGAUGGUGGCUAACAUUUCCCCAGCGUUUAUCAGGCUGACCGGGUGGGUCCUGCUGAGGCUGUUUAAUGGUUUCUUUUGGAGCAUCCAGAUCCACAAGGGCCAGCUGGAAAUGGUUAAGAAAGCUGCUACAGAGCAAAAUGUUCCCAUGGUCUUCCUCCCUGUUCACAAAUCCCACAUCGACUACCUGCUCAUCACCUUGAUCCUGUUCUGUCACAACAUUAAAGCCCCGCACAUUGCAGCGGGAAACAACCUAAGCAUCCCUAUCCUCAGCACCCUUAUCCGUAAACUUGGAGGAUUCUUCAUACGACGGAAAAUGGAGGAGACGGGCGAUGGGAAGAAAGAUAUUCUGUAUAGAUCACUGUUACAAGCAUAUACAGAGGAGCUGUUGCGUCAGCAGCAGUUUUUGGAGGUCUACCUUGAGGGUACCCGCUCCCGCAGCGGUAAGCCGUCUACAGCGCGUGCAGGCAUGCUGUCCAUCGUGGUAGACGCACUAUGCACCGGGGCCAUCGCUGACGUCCUGGUGGUGCCAGUUGGCAUCUCUUAUGAUCGUAUUAUCGAGGGCAACUACAAUAGUGAGCAGCUGGGCAAACCGAAGAAGAAUGAGAGUUUGUGGGGAAUAGCAUGCGGCGUGUUCAGGAUGCUGAGGAAGAACUACGGAUGCGUCCGAGUUGACUUCAAUCAGCCCUUCUCCCUAAAGGAGUACCUGGACAGCCAAAGAAGCCGGCAUAUUCCACCACCUGUGUCCCUCGAACACAACUUGAUGCCCAGCAUUAUUUCGGCACAACCUGAUGCUCAGCUGUUUGAGGGGCAGGAGGAAGAGGAGCAGUUGAACCGAGAGCUGCCCGAUGACAUCUUGAGACGACAACUUAUUAACAACCUGGCCAAGCACGUCCUCUUCACGGCUAAUAAGUCCUCAGCGAUCAUGUCUACCCACAUUGUAGCCUGUCUGCUGCUGUACAGACACAGACAGGGGGUGGUGCUGUCCAAGCUGGUGGAGGACUUUUUCAACAUGAAGGAGGAGAUCCUGUCACGGGACUUUGAUCUGGGCUUUUCGGGGAACUCGGAGGACGUGGUGAUGCGAGCACUCCACCUUCUGGGAAACUGUGUCAAUGUGACGAGCAGCGCAAACCGCAACGGAGAGUUCACUAUCGCACCGAGCCAAACUGUACCGGCGCUUUUUGAGCUCAACUUCUACAGCAACGGCCUUUUCCAUGUCUUUAUUCCUGAUGCAAUCAUCGCCUGCAGCAUCCUGUCGCUGCAGCGAGAGCUGCUCGCAGAAUCAGAAUCAGAUCAGCAGUCCGAGAAUCCCUGUAGCCUCCCUCUCAGUCAGGAGAGACUCAUCCGCAAGGCAGCCGGUCUCUCCCACUUCCUUAUUAAUGAGGUGGCUGUGGCACCACCUUGUCAGACUAUUUACCAGGUUUUCCAUGAUGCAGUGACCCGGCUGAUCCAGUAUGGAGUUCUCUACGUAGCAGAGGAGGAUCAGGAAGAACUGAGCCCCAGUCCCACAGAGGAACCUUGGCCCAAAAAGUUCCCCGAGCCCUUAUCCUGGAGAAGUGACGAGGAGGAUGAAGAUAGUGACUUUGGAGAAGAGCAAAGAGAUCGCUACUUAAAGGUGAGCGUUUCCGCUGAGCACCAGGAGUUCUUUGUCUUCCUACAACGACUCGUCAGCCCCGUGCUAGAGGCGUACAGCGGGGCCGCGAUCUUCGUCCACAGUCUGGGUCAGCCAAUGGCUGAGUCCGACUACACCCAGAGGCUCUUUAGAUACUUGCUCACCCGCACAGAGAGAGGAGUGGCUGCAUACGGUGAAAGUGCAACUCAUUAUUUGGUUAAGAACACAGUGAGGACCUUCAAGGAGCUCGGGGUCCUGAAGGAGAGACGAGAGAACCGGGUGACAACUCUGGAGCUGAGCAGCACCUUUCUACCUCAGGCCAAUCGGAACAAACUUCUGCAUUACAUCCUAGGUUUCACCCUUCUGUGACCGAGAAACACCUUUCAGCCCUGCUCAGACCCCAGGCUACUUCCAAUAAAAGGGCUUCUACUGGUUACUUCUAAACAAUCCCAGGUGCUACUCUGUGGAAAGCUUUACCAGGAAGUGCCUUCAUGUAACAGCCGCUAACUGUUAGCUGUUAGCCGGAAGAGACUUGAAGCCAGUCUUCCCUUUUUGUUCCAGUCUCUGACCCCCCACCCCGCCACCUCCGACAUAGAACUGUGCAGCAGAUAAAACCUGUAUCGUUCUUUCAAGAGGUACGUCUAGGAAUCAUCUUCUCUUCGGGAACUUUGCCACUUGAAGUCACGAGGUUUUAAUAUGAUCAAGAUUUUAAACUUAUCAGAAAAUAUACUCAAGCAGGUUAGUGAAUAAGAACCUAUUUUACAGCAAUCCGAACAAAGCAAGCUGCCUUUCGUCUAUACAAGUGAGCAAGCAAAAUAUGCAUAGAAAAUAAUCGUCAACAUCGCGAACAAGAAAGGCGUUUUUACGUUGACUCUUUCUGCUCGUUUGUAACUGCUGUAAUUUCUCAAGUGCACUAUCAUACAAUAGGAAACAUGUCAAAAAUGUAGUUUGAAUUUGAAAACAAAUUAUUGUACAUAGACCACGAGAGCAAUGUCUCUCAUUUGUACAACGCGUACAUAUCCAAAUUUUCAUUUACGGAAGUAAAUGUCAGAAUCUAACCCUCCCUGUAGACAGCUUUGGUAGACAGUCAUACUGCACAGUUACUGGUUUAAGAUAUCAAAAAAAAUAAGCAGUCGGCCGUGCAGCAGUAGCUUCUAACACAAAAUGUACCUGUUGAAAGUGCAGCAACUCACAAGCAUCCACAGUCAAGUGCAUUCAAACCACUAAAGUCUAAGUGCAUUCCCUUUUCAUCGUGGGUUUUGAUGAAAAGUGACUCUGAUCACCUUUUUUUCACGUUUCAAUGAAUGUGACGUAGUACAGCACUUAAUACCAGCCAUCACAUCCACUUCAGUUCAAGCGCAACGAGCUCAGAAACUCUUUGGUCAUGCCUUUCAGGGAACGCAGAGAUUUAGGAUACUUUAGGGGAUUUUCAUGUAUUAUAAACACGCUGUAUAAAAGCUGUUAUAGCGAGCAGAGCUAGUUGGGCAUUCGCAAGACAGAGUUACUGCGUAGGGUGGUUAAAAAAAAUAAACGGUACAUAUCUACUAUGUAAUCCACCUGAACAACAGGUCAAGUCAGUAAGACUUGGCUGUUUGUGAGAAUGAGAUAGUGUCAGUGCUGUUUUACUCUUGUUUACUUUAAAAUGCAAACUGCUGUGAUCAGCAGUGACAUUUCUGAAAAUGAAAACAGUCAGGUUUACCUGUUCCUUUAUUUUUCUUGGUCACAGCAACGCUUCACUUCACAUUUUUAACACCGCUGUCUUACAUUACAGUCUAGAAAUGUCAGAAAAACAGACUUCAAAAUGCAUGUGUCAAAAAAAAGUAGUGUCAGACAGGUUAUAUCAUGAAAAUCAGAAACCAAAACUACACGUGAGAAAUUAAAACCUGAUAGUGAAACCUCACCGCACAGAACCUGUGCACUUAGCCGCAGAACAGUUACCAGUUUUUCAUUUGUAUUGUAAAAUAACUCAACAGGACUCAAAUAUUUAGGUCUUGUCUAUAUAUGUGUGUAAAUCUGAUUUCGUUUUGCAUUGAACAUUCAUGUUGAUGUAUGAGCGCACAUCAACUGGAAAGAGAAGAAGAAGAAGAGGGAGGGAGGUGGUUGAAAAGGGCAGAGUAAGUUUGAUGAAUUGUCGGGGUUAUUAGACGGGAUGCGAACCCAAAAUCAAAGAUUAAUAAUGUGAAGACGGCGUGAAUGUUUGAAAUUAACGUUCUUGAUCCAUCGGGAGAUAAAGUAAAUGGGAAUCCGGUGUCUGAUACGCAUUAAAAAUUAAUAUUUAUAUUGAAAGACUAGUCUAUAACACUGCUUUUUGUUUUCUUCUUUAAUUCAUAUUAUAAACCUGCAUAUUGUCAUGGAGUUUUUCUAACCUGUGUACAAAAUAUUCCUGAAAUGGAAAAGGUUACCGGUGAGCGGCAUGUCGAAGAACAGAAAAGUAUGUUAUUUAAAUGUGGUGUGAGCAGAGCGCCCACACAGUAAUGAAAUAGUCUGUGCUCAAGUUCAGAGGGAGCAUCUCGACUCUCAAAGCAUUUCUGAGCCCCCCCGCACCGAGGGACCCCCACCGCCAAGAUAAAAACCACUUUCACGUACUGUACUGCAUGUUUCCUCUGGUCGCCUUUUAUUCAUCGACACUUCAAUGUGAACUCUACUUAACCUGAGAAUUGUAUUUUACGGUUUCGUGUGUGACUUUUGUUGCAGAGAAAGAUAGUUGUUCGUGCAGGAGAUAAAAGUUGUUACCUCUUGAAUGUAUCUCAUCUGUCCCCCUCUUAAAAAAAAAAAGGUCAAUGUGAUUCUGUCGGAUACUCGAUGGAGUCGGUACAGAUACGAUGCUGGUGUUGGGGAUUGUUGAGACUCAUUGCUACUGAAGCUGCAUUAACAACAUCCCCCCUACAACUAUGUAACUUUGUAGAAUUAAAAAAAAAACGAAGCCUGUAUCUGGAGAACAGGUGCCUUUUUAAUGCACUGUAGUGUUCUUUGGUUGUGAUUUUUGUUUUUUUUUGUUCUGUUUUUGUGCAUGUUAACACUGGUUAUUAAGUGUGGAAAUCCAAAAGAACACUGUAGAUUGUAACUUAAAAAAAAAACAGACAAACAAACACGAGCAGAGAACUUGUGGUUACUAUAAGAAGAAUCACCAGCUACUAAAAAAAAAAAAAAAGUGUCACUUUUUUUUCUUGCUUUUUCAGAGCAAAGCACAAUUGGCAUUAUUGGAUUUUUU